CGAGGGACCCCGCGCUACACGAACGUCCAGCCUAGGCUCAGCUAACACUACUCUACUCCGCUCUAUGUACUCUAUUCUACUCUAUCUACUCCACUCUACUCUACAUACGUGCUGCAGAUCACUCCGCGCGCUGCAUACGGGCUCGCGAACCUCCAGCCGACAUCCAUUACGCAUCCCACGCUCGACGAUGGCGGCAUCCCAGAGCGCCCCCGAUGCGAAGGGCGCAAUUUACGGCCAGCUAUUGGACCCAGCCCGAGCCCCCCAGCCCCGGACCCAGCCCUGGACCUGUCUGGACCCUGCUGUCCGCGACCUUGGGAAUGAGGUCGCCACUGGGCGUGUGUGCCAGGGGGGCUUUGCAGGAAGGCUGGCUGGCUGGCUCGACUCGGCGGCCUUACGCGCAGUCACAGACAGAGCUCCGAGUCGUUUACGUACUCUAACUACUAUACAACACCGUCCACAGCCGGCCGGCUCGCGUACCUACCUACCAAAGCACCUAAGGUACUGUACCUCCUAGGCACCGCAUCCCACACCCAAAUCACUAUUGGAGAGAUCGCCCCGACAUCCGCUUGCGGGGUCGAAAUACAGAAUCGCUUGCGGAGACGAAGUACAGGAUCGCUUGUGGAGUCGAAAUACAGAAUCGCUUGCAGUGGCGAGCAAGGAACAGCUUUUUCGCACCUUCGAUCCCGGGUGGUGGUGGGGGGUCGUCCCACCGACACGUUUGGCGGCGGGCCGCGUGUUACCGAGGCUCGAAGCGGCCAAGAAAAGCCCUUAUUCAUCCCAUGCUGGAUGAGCUCUCCACACAGUGGGUUGAUGCCAAAUUAAUGAGCUCUCACCCCCGGUCCGAGGAGAAACUGGUAGUGGGGAUUGUUCGAGGAGGUCUCACUCGCAUGGUUCUUCAGCGCCGGGCGAGACUGCACCACUGCACCACUGCACC